AUGUCAUCAAAGCAGAACUCUGCUCCUUCUACCAAUACAACUACACCAUCAUCAUCUACUAGUAGUACUACCACAUCGACAACUUCAACAACAUCUACAAAUGAACAAAAAGAACUAAAGAGAAAUAGAUCUAGUCAUCAUCACCAUGGUGAUGAAGAUAAAAAGGUGGUAAAGAAGAAAAAGGUGGCUGGACCAUUGACGAUUGCUGAAGAGGAUUAUAUAGCAAGUGCAUUCCUAAAGGUACCUCAACACAGAUUAUCGGCCGAUAUCAGACGUAUCAAGAGAAAGUUUCUAUUGCGAGGACUCAAGAGAACCUCUGGAUUGACGACAUUCGAUGUUGAUCAUGCCGUUCAACACAGUCUAUCACAAAUCAAGAGAAAGGAUCAACGAUUGACUAUAUACUAUGAGAGAGAUGAUAUACCUGCUCUGCCUCAAAAACACUUACAAUCAUUUCUCAAUCCUACCGAUCAAAGUAAAAUGGAGUCUUUGAUUCAUCCUCCUUUACAUUAUACCCCUUUGACACCUGCUCAAAUAAAGCAACAACAACAACAACAACAUAAUUAUCAACAAUAUUUAUUAAAUCAACAACAACUACAUCAACAACAACAACUACAGUUACAACAACAAAAUAAUCAAUUACCCUUGCAGACUACACCUACUACGACAACAAAUAGCAAUAAUAAUGUAAAUACAACAAUGAAUAGACAACCGAUACAAACGACCAUGCCAACAUCAACAUCAACUCCUACCACUUCUUCAACCAAUACGACAACAACAACAACUCCUGAUAUCAACUCAAAUGUAAAUAACUCAAACAUCACCAACAAUACAAAUACAAAUACAAAUUUAUCUCAAACUAAACCAAUCGCUUCUCUAUCGCCACCACCACCACCACAACCACAACUUCACAAUACAGUCACAAAUCAGAUAAUGGCCAAUUCAACGACCGAAACAACUGCUACCUCUGUUGUUACCCCUUCUUCUUCUCAAAGUUCACUAUUUAAACAUUAUCAUUGGAGUAAUGCUACUGUUGCUGCUGCUGCUGCUGCUGCUGCUGGUAAUGGAAAUGGACAACAAUUAGAUUCAUCUAUAAUUACCAAUACAAUCCAAUCACCAAUUUGCUUCAAACCAUUUAAACUAUUAUCAGAAAAGUUGUUAUCGAAAAAGAGAAGCUUCAAGACUAUUCAACCAUACGUCAGUCCACACACAACCAGAGAGUUACGUGCCUUUAUUAGACGUGACUUUGAAACAGCACCUCCUAAACUACAAGUCAUUCGAGAGUUGCAUCAAUUCUUUGCGGUCAAUGAUAUGAAUACAGACAGUCGAGAUCCACUUGACCACGAUGUAUUUCCAAUCGACUAUAAAUACUUGACUCCAGAUUUAGUAGAUAGAACUCAAACAUUUCUUUGUGAAAAUUUUUGGAAAGGAAUUGAAUUAAAUGAUGUAUUAGAAUACCCAGAUUUUACAGUAUGUGCACUUUAUAAAUCAAUGGUGAUUGGAUGUGGAAUUAUGAAUCCAGAUGGUUAUAUUAUGUUUCUCUCUGUACAUCCAGAGUGGCAAGGAACUGGUAUUGCAUCAUUUAUGCUAUACCAUCUAACACAAACAAUGAUUGGAAAGGACAUUACUCUACACGUGUCAACUAGCAAUCAAUCGGCACUUUUACUCUACCAAAAGUUUGGAUUUAAAAUUGAGGAACACAUAUCUGGUUUCUACGACAAAUACUAUAGUGAUGAUAGUGAUCGAUCAAAAAACGCCUUUUUAUUAAGAUUAAGAAGAAUGUCAAACCCAGGUGUCUACGCUGAUUUGGUUAAAACCCCAUCUGAUCUCCUCAAGAAGGAAUUCCCAACCACCAAGCAAAUCGAAAUUACUGAUACCAUCAAGGGUAUUCCAAACACCUCUGUUGUUGGUACCGUUGUUCAAAAGGAAAAUGGUAACAUCCAAUUCUCGAUCAACCCAAAGACCACCCUCCCAGGUAACCUCAAGAACGGUAAGGUAUCCCUUACUGGUGACUCUAACAAGUUCCUCAAGGGAGAAGUCACCUUUGACGCUCUCGCCCCAGGUUUGAAGGCCGUCUUUACCGGUGACUCCAACAAGAUUGUCCAAGCCGACUUCCAAUACAAGAAGGACAACUUUGCUCUCACCACCAUUUUGAAAUCCAACAAGAAGAUUACCGGUACCGCCACCGUUGGUCUUGGUAAGAUCUCUCUCGGUCUCCAAACCAUCUUUGAUGCCAAGACCAACAAGAUUGACGACGCUGAACUCUCACUCGUCUUCAAGAAGGACGGUAUCAUUGUUGGUGUCUCUCCAAAGAACAAGUUCCAAAAGCUCAACAUCACCGCCUUUGACAAGGUCUCCCCACGUCUUGCCUUUGCUGCCGACCUCACCGUCGACCUCCAAUCCCCAGACAAGAACCCAGCCUUCACCGUUGGUUCUCAAUACUUUAUCGACUCUAAGAGCUUCAUCAAGACCAAGGUCAAUGACUCUGGUCGUAUCGGUAUUGGUUACACCCUCCCAGUCAACGAAUACACCAAGGCUACCGUCGGUUUUGACAUCAACGGUGAUAUCAUCCACCAUCCAUCCAUUGGUACUUCCUCCUCGGAAUCCUUGUUUAGCAUAGCAAUGUAUCAGGAGGGUGCAGGGACAAAGAAGAGGGAGAGGGGAUAUAAACAUUGUACAUUUGUAAAGAGAGAGACAGACAGACAAACAGAGAGAAAAAGUAUCAACCAAAAGAUAUUUUCUGAACAAGCAACAACAGGUAUUGUAUCAAGACAAAAGGGAACUGCAAAGGACUUGUCUACGUUUGUUGGUUGGAUCACACACUGCACAGAAUCGGUUGGACUUUACCAACCAAAUCAAUCGAAAUCUUCACCAGCACCACGCAACCUUUGCACUUUUACAUUUAUGCGAUUGUCGACAACAGCAGAAAUAGCAGCAUUGGCAGACGACACCCGCCCGGCCCUCGUGUUGGGGCCGAGAUAUUUGUUUUUUGGUGUUGUUGGUUUUUGUCAUUCUUGGAGCAGUACUAGAUAUCUAUGGGUGAAGAGAGAGGAGGGAUUAUUUAAUUAUUUCCAAAUAGUUUAUUUUUGUACCAAUACACCAUUACUCUUAGUUCCAUAUUGA